AGGCUCGAGCAGCGGCGCGGGCCGAGGGGGCAGCGCGGACGCGGGGCCGGGCGGGGGCGCGCAGGGCCGACCCCCGAGUCCAUGCCCGGCGCGGAGCCCGCGACCCCGCCGCCGCCCUCCCUGUCGGGUCGCCCCGGGCUGCGCGCUCGCAAAAUAUGACCAGGGGUGCUUGGAUGUGCCGGCACGAUGACGACGGCUUGAAGAUCUGCCUGGCGGCACCCCGGGAGAACGAGAAACCGUUCAUCGACUCGGAGCGGGCGCAGAAAUGGCGACUGUCGCUGGCCUCGCUCCUGUUUUUCACCGUCCUGCUGUCUGAUCACUUGUGGUUCUGCGCCGAGGCCAAGCCGAGCCGCGCGCGGGACAAGGAGCAGCAGCAGCAGCAGCAUCAGCACCAGCGGCAGCAGCAGCAGCAGCAGCGGCAGCAGCAGCGCCCGCGGCAGCAGCAUCAGCAGCAGCAGCAUCAGCAGCAGGCGCAGCAGCGGCCGCGGCAGCCCGAGCCGUCGUGGCCCGCGCUCCCGGCCGGCAUGGGGGCCCCCGCGCCCCGGCCGCUGGCCGCCCCCGCGUCCCCCACGCUGCCCCCGUCGCCGGGCGGCGGCCGGGGCCCCCGGGGCACGGGCAACCAGAGCCAGGCGCUGCUCCCGGGUCCCGCGGGCCGGCCUCUGUGGCGCCUGGAGACGUGCUACCCGCCGGGCGCGUCGUCGGGCCAGUGCUUCACCGUGGAGAGCGCCGAGGCCGUGUGCGCCCGGAACUGGAGUCGGGGGCUGGCCCCGGCGGCGGCGGGCGCGCUCUGGAACUUGUCGGAUUUCUACCUUUCCUUUUGUAAUUCCUACACACUCUGGGAGUUGUUCUCGGGGCUGGCCAGCCCCAGCGCGUUGAACUGCAGUCUGGAUGUGGUGCUCAAGGAGGGCGGCGAGAGGACCACCUGCCGCCAGUGCGUCGAGGCUUACCAAAACUACGACCACCACGCUCAGGAGAAGUACGAAGAGUUCGAGAGCGUGCUGCACAAGUACUUACAGUCGGAGGAGUACUCGGUGAAAUCCUGCCCCGAGGACUGCAAGGUCGUCUACAAAGCCUGGCUCUGCUCACAGUACUUUGAAGUCGCCCAGUUCAACUGCAGGAAGACAAUCCCGUGCAAGCAAUACUGUUUGGAGGUUCAGACGCGCUGUCCGUUCAUACUGCCUGACAACGAUGAAGUCAUCUACGGGGGCCUCUCCAGCUUCCUCUGCACAGGGCUCUAUGAGACCUUCCUGACCAAUGAUGGACCAGAAUGCUGUGACAUCCGGAGAGAAGCAGCGCGCAGCGGCGCGCCUCCGCGGGGACCCGCCACCCAGCCCAGCGCCUCGUGCCACCGGACCUCGCUCCCGGCCUCGGCGGCCACCAGACUGUGCCCCAGCAGACUCAGACUAUGCGUCCUCGUGCUGAUGCUCCUGCACACAGUGCUCACCGCCUCGGCCACCCAGAACACCACGCAGCUGAGCCUGGGCGGCAUUGGCGCGCUGGAGGAGCGCUCGGGCCACGAGGACUGAGCGCCCCGCGCGGACAUGGACGCGCGUGAGGCGGGGGGGGGGGGUCCCCGGAGCACUUCGCGCCCCGCCCCGGGUGCUCCUGAGCAUUUCUCGCCCCGCCCGGAGGGAGACACGUGGGAAGGCGGCCUGGAUGCCAAAAGCAAGGACGCAAGCAGCUUUGGAUGGCCUUGGAGGCUGUCCAGUGACUUCUUUCUCACCAUUUUAUACACUGUGUUUUACUGUUGGAGGUUUUCUUUGCGCCCCCUCCCCACCCCUCGGUUUGGGUUUCUCUGUCUCUUGCCGCACCUGUGGAUACAGCAUCCCUUGGAAGAUGGUUUCCCACCUGUGGAUGCAGUACUUCUUGGGAAAGCUGGAUGCAGCGUCCCUUGAGGGAUGGUCC